AUGAGAACAGGAUUCGCUAUUUCACUCGCAGUUGUUGGAGUUGUUGCUGCUGUUGCAGUCAUUGCUCUAAGUGAGACUCCAUCAUCUCAGUCUCUCUACACCGUUGACCAGGAUCACAUCGACUUCGUUCAUUUCAUGAGCAGAUUCGGCAAAGCCUACAAAUCAAAGGAAGAAUUUGAAAUGAGACUUUAACAGUACAAGUCAAACAUUGCUUUCAUCAACAACCACAACUCUCAAAACGAUGGAACCUCGUUCACCCUCGGACCUAACCAUCUUGCUGACUACACUCACGAUGAGUACAAGAAGAUGCUCGGAUACAAACCCAGAAACAAGACUGGAAAAGAAGUAUACUCGACACCAAACCUCAAGGAUAUUCCAGAUUCCAUUGACUGGAGAGAAAAAGGAGCAGUAAACGCUGUUAAGGACCAAGGCUAAUGCGGUUCAUGCUGGGCUUUCUCAACAAUUGCCUCUCUUGAGAGUAGAUACUUUAUUGAGACUGGAAAACUCUAAUCACUCUCAGAGCAGCAACUAGUUGAUUGCUCAAAGAACGGCAACGAAGGUUGCAAUGGUGGAGAUAUGGGUCUUGCCAUGGACUACAUUGCUUCUGCCGGCGGAGUCGAAACCGAAAAAGACUAUCCAUAUGUUGGAAAAGAUCAAACAUGCGCUUUUGAAGCUUCAAAGGAAGUUGCCACAGAUAAAGGCCACAUUAACAUUGUACCCGGUAAAUUCGCUACCUUAUAAGCAGCCAUUGCUGAAGGUCCAGUUUCAGUUGCCAUUGAAGCAGACAGUCUUUUCUUCUAAUUCUAUAGAAGUGGUAUCUUUGACAGCAGUUGGUGCGGAACCAACCUUGACCAUGGUGUUGCUGCUGUUGGGUAUGGUGUAGACAAUGGAAAAUAGUACUACAUUGUAAGAAAUUCAUGGUCAGAUUCAUGGGGACUAAAAGGCUACAUAAAUAUCAUUGCAAAUGGGGAUGGAAAUGGAAUGUGUGGUAUUCAAAUGGAACCAGUGGUCCCAUAACUUUGA